CAUCGGAUCUUCCCCGCGCGCGCAAGGGAGUCAGAACCUGGAUGCCGGACCCUCACGUCGACAACUGCCUAAUGAAAGCCGUGCAGCUUGAAAUCUGGUAGAGCUACUCUAACAACUCGGGAUGGCGCUCGUUCUUGUUUCAAGCCACCAACUAAUCAGCUUUCUCGGUCUUCCUCGAUCCUUCAAGACUUUGAUAUAUCAGUUUUUCCUUACUGCUCGUGCCCUGCUAGCAUGCUUCGGUGCCCCGGCUGCGCCGCUUAAACAGACGAAUCAGAGGGAUAGAUCUGUCCAUCUCAUCGGCUUGGACCCGCUAUCUUUACCGCCGGAUGCCGGUAUUCUUCUGCCGAUACUAGUUGCGUCUUCAGACACGACAUACCCCUUGACACUUUUGUUCGCAAUCGGGAUGCAGAAGAAGCGCCUCACCUUGAUCUUCAUGUCUGUUUCUGUAGAGCCUACAGAUUUCUGAAUGAGAGUAUAUUGUCCAAGAAGCAGCGGUGAAGGAUAUGACGCAUGCCACUGGUGCUCAAACUGGAAGAUUCUGGGCGGUUGCGUGACUGGAAGAAGAUCUGGAAGG